AUCGACUUUACAUUGGUCGCCUCUAUGGCUCCUAGAUUGAGCAGUUAGUUCAUUUGGGUCUUCUGAACCGGAUUUAUUCCAUCACAUCAUCCCUUUAUAAAAAACAGAUAUGUCCUGUUACAGAGUGAGCGUCAUCUUCCUUUUCAUCCUUUGGAUAAAGCUAACAGUUUCAGCUCCUAUGCAAGACGCAUUGGGAAGACGGGCGAGAGAAAAAGGAUGUUACUACCUAAGUGAUCAUUAUGACAACGGCGAGAGGAUUGUUACUAAUGAACCGUGUCUCAACUGCACGUGUCUCAAUAGCAUGCUAAUGUGUUACUUAAGAAUUUGCCCGUUCAUCAAGCCUGUGGGUGAAGAGUGUAUCAUUGAAAGAGACGAAGGAGACUGUUGUCCAAAAAUCUGGUGUCCAGAAGUAAUAAAUGAGAAGAAAUGUGAUGACCCUAGCCAUGAUGAGAAGCAUAACCAGCACCCAGGAUGCUAUUUGAAUGAUAAAUAUUAUCCUGAUGGAGCACAGUUACCCCGGGAUCCAAAAAGACCAUGCGAAGUAUGUUACUGCAUUAGAAAUAGUACAGCAUGUGUAAUGCAAGAAUGUGAACUCAAAGUAGAAGGUUGUUCGCCUGUUUACAAAGAGGGUCAGUGCUGUCCUUGCCGGUAUAAUUGCACUUAUGAAGAAUCAACCACAGCUCCUCCUGGUGUAACGCUGCAGGAACUAGCAGAAGGCUGCAAUCUUCCUGAUGGCACUUUUGUAGAAGAUGGGGCAGCUGUUAAUUCUACUAAUCCUUGCGAACAUUGCUACUGCAUGAGAAACGAAGUUGUUUGUGCUAUACAAGAAUGCCAAGCACCUGGCGAUGACUGUAAACCUCUUCCACCAAAACCAGAUCAGUGUUGUCCAGACAGAUAUGAGUGUCCCGUAUUACAAUUGCCGGAAAGCUCAAGUAUCCACCCCGAAACAUUUUUAAGCUUCACCACUGUUUUCGCAUCUUCAGCAGACGUAUCAACAGAACUUGCACCAAUCAAAAAUAGUGGAAUCAAAGGAUCAUCACAAAAAGGCAUCGAAGCAGGAAAAUAUUCUCCAGCAUCAAGUGUUAAAGGUGCACCAUCAAAAGUAUCUUAUGAUCAAGAAGCCACUACACAGUUGUUAACGGAUGACUAUGCUCAAACAGAUAAACCCAGCUUAGAAAUCGUAAAUUCGGACAAAGUUGUUUCGAAACCUCAACCAGAGAAAAAGUCUGGAAUCAAAGGAGGAUCGAAGACUGUAUCUUCUACAAGACCACCCCCGCAUGAACUAGCGGUUCUUUCUGAAUCAGAUGAUGACUCUGGAGACCAAUUUAAUGACAGUGAAGAAACUUCAUUCACAGUGGAAGAAAUUCAAAUACCAAGCAAAACCCCUAUAGAUGACUACUCCGUGGAAGAAAUUCAAAUAACAAGCAAAACCCCUAUAGAUGACCACACCGUGGAAGAAAUUCAAAUAACAAGCAAAUCCCCUAUAGAUGACUACUCCGUUAAACCUUCAUCAGGUACGGCAAUAAAAGGCUUUGGAGUUCCAUCAUCAAGUGUUAAAGAUGCACCAUCAAAAGUAUCUUAUGAUCAGGAAGCCACUACACAGUUGUUAACGGAUGACUAUGCUCAAACAGAUAAAUCCAGCUUAGAAAUCGUAAAUUCGGACAAAGUUGUUUCGAAACCUCAACCAGGGGAAAAGUCUGGAAUCAAAGGAGGAUCGAAGACUGUAUCUUCUACAAGACCACCCCCGCAUGAACUAGCGGUUCUUUCUGAAUCAGAUGAUGACUCUGGAGACCAAUUUAAUGACAGUGAAGAAACUUCAUUCACAGUGGAAGAAAUUCAAAUACCAAGCAAAACCCCUAUAGAUGACUUCUCCGUGGAAGAAAUUCAAAUAACAAGCAAAACCCCUAUAGAUGACUACACCGUGGAAGAAAUUCAAAUAACAAGCAAAUCCCCUAUAGAUGACUACUCCGUGGAAGAAAUUCAAAUAACAAGCAAAACCCCUAUAGAUGACUACUCCGUUAAACCUUUAUCAGGUACAGCAAUAAAAGGCUUUGGAGUAAAAGGAGGUGUUUCUGAAAAGAAUCAUUCUGCAACUUCCAUAUCUGAAGUGUCGCCUGAUUCUUCGUCUUCUACAACGGAAUUUUACGUGAAAGAAUCUACUACACAUGUUCCACUGGAAGAGCACAUCGAGCGAAAUGUGACUGAAAUUUCUUCUGAAGUGACAACUCAGACAUUACUGGAGAGCAGCAUCUUGGAUGGAAAGGUUACCUCAAAAAAUUUCUCAGAAGAAGAAACAUCAAAGCCAUCUCUAAAACCUUCAGGCGUAAAAGGAGUUCAGAAUGAGGCAAUAUCUGAUCCCGAGAGCAACUUUCAUUUGCCAUCAUUCAAACCUAUGGGCGUUAAGGAAGUUCCAGCUAAAGUUGAUGAUACUCAGAAAAAACCGGCAAUAAAUCAUGUUGGGGUAAAAGGUACUCCUCAGGAGGAGCAUCAUUUUCGUGGUAAAGGAAGACAACCUAUACAUGCAGAUUCUUUGAGAAGAAGGCCAUUCCUUCCAAUUGGUGCUAUUCCGGGUGAAAUACGACAGUCAACAGUUGCGCCUGUCACCAAAGACGGCGUCGAAAAGCUGCCGCCUAUCUUAUCUGUUUCAGGAGAAGGUAUUUGCAAAGUCGGCGAUAUUGUGUACCAAAAUGGUCAGGUUAUGAAACCAAUAAAUGUCUGUAAAAAGGACUGUCGAUGCAUCGAUAGUGUUAUACUCUGCUCAGAUGUCAUUUGUAACGAAACUGAGACAAAAAAUGUCUCUAGCUGCAGGAUCAUUCAGGAAGCAGAUGAAUGUUGUCCACGUUAUGAAUGUGAUAAUUUUGGUUCGACAGAUAACAUUAGUCUGUCAGUUACUACCGUAAACCAGACGCAAGAUAAAGAAGUUAUUUUUGAUGGUCUUCUCUUCGGAAACAAAACCUCACCUAUUGACAGUGAUGAAGAAAUACUUGAAAGAAAUUUAACUACUACCAGCUUCUGGCAAAGUACUUUGGAUCUAAUAACGUCUACAAUACCAGACAAAUUAUUCGGUUUUACUAAGGUAGUUACUGAUCAACCUCAAAAUGUAUCAGAAACCGAUAUUUUGGAAUUCAUUUCGCCUACCACUGCUCACCCUCAAAAGAGCAACCAAACCGUUUCAGAGACUGCUAUUACAGAAAUUCCAAAUACAUCUGAGGAAAUUUUAGCAACAGGUGAUAAAACGGUUUUACAUAUUAACACUGAAGAAGCCUUCGAAACAUCUUCUUGGAGCCCAGAAUCAUCAACACACGCCUUAGUAGAAGAUGAAACAACUCUGACUGACAGCCCGAAAGAAAGUUCCGAGAAUUCUUCUUUGAUAUCAGAAGAAUCGGGAGACACGUCAGCAGGAAGCACUCUCUCUGUAAAUAUCAGUGUUGAAGAAGUUACGCAACCUUCCACUUCAUUCACGGAAAUACAGACAGAGACGAUAAACGGAGACUUUACUCAAAGUAUUAGUAUUGACGAGUCUUCCUCUGUAACGGAACUAUCAAAAGAUAUAUUAACAGAGGAAAAACAGAAACUAACUCCAAACAUCAGUAUAGAUGAAAUUUCGCAAACUACUGCUCAUAUUACCGAAGUACCAGAAAAGGCUUCAACUGGUAUUCCCCCUUUAAAUAUCAGCAUCGAAGAAAGUUCACAAACUACUGCUCAUGUCGCAGAACUACCAAUAGAAACUUUUACUGGUAUUCUCACACUAAACAUGAGCAAUGAAGAAGCUGCCCAGACUCCUCCAAGCACAGAAGUACAAAGAGAUAAAUUGUUUGAGGAAACAGAAUCUACUACUUAUAGUCUGCCACACGUAUCAGAUGAUAUUCUUGUAGCUGGAAAAAUAAAUGAUACAUAUGAGAAUGUAAGCAAAACAUCAGAUGUAUCUGAUGCAGAAGAAACCAUACAUGUGACAGAAAAUAAUGUAAGCAUCCCCGUAAGUGAAACAAACCCUUCAACAGUUGAAUAUACAUAUACUACAAUAAAAUAUUCUUCUGACCCAACCCCUGUAACUUUUAAUUUGUCAACUGUAAUUCCUUUCGAAGAGACUGAAACAAAAGAUGCAUCAAUUAUUUCAUUAAAGACAUCGACCUUGCCAACUUCUCUAUCAGAAUCCUCUCAAACUGAUUUUGAAAUAACAUCUUCAGUUUUGGAAGCAGAUAAGCAUUCAGAUGCAGUAGACGAUAAAGCAUACCAAACUGUUACAUCUGUACCUGCCAUAGAAGUGACAACAUUAACAGAAAUUCCUGAAGUCUCUGAUCUUGAAAUUUCAACUUCAAGUAAGCAUCCUGAAGUAAACGAAACUUUUUAUACUACUCUCCAAGAAAAUAAAUCGCAGCCUUCAAUAGAUAAUUUCCCAGAAAUUUUAACAUCCACAAAAUUGUCGUUUGAAGAUAUCGAAAAUAUCAGUCAAGAAGUUUCAAAUGAUACAAAAGUUUAUGAUGUAACAUCACAAACAGAUUCAUCAAAAUCUGAAAACACCACAUACAAAAACGAAACAGAGAGUAUUAAAAAGGAGGCAUUUUCAUCGCCACAAACAACCACAAUAAGUACGACAGCUGCAUCUGAAGUCGUAGAUACAGACAAAGUAGAAAUAGUAACUUCCGGCACAGUAACCGCGAAUGGAAGCACUCCAUUUGUUGAAGAAAAACACACUGAUGAAGUUGUAGUAAAAUUAUCAACUGCUUCACCACAAGUUCCUGAUAUAUCGGAAAAAACAGAUGUUACUACAGAAAUAUUUCCAGAGCAUGGUAUCAUACACACCACUGAUGUUCCUGAAAUCCUCAAAUUUGAUAAUAUCUCUACCACGAGUGAAACCAUUACUGUUCCAAACCAAACAGUGAAACCUUUGGUAGAAGAUAGUGAAGAAGCGACGGAAUAUUUUAUUACUGAAUAUUUACCUACUGCACAGCCUACACAAGUAGAUAUCAUCGGUAAAAAAUCUACGACAGAAAAGGUGUCACUCGACGAAGAGACUAAAUCAACUUUCACAACAAUUUCACCUUCUGAAAUAUCUGAUUUCUCUACAGUGAAAGGAGAAACGUCGCAGGGUAUAAGCACAAAUGUUAGAAUUACAUCUGAAACAGAGCAGACAUCAACUAUUGCUACAGCUAUUGACACUGAACUUUCAACUUCCCAUUUUGAAACAAGCACAGAAACAGAUUUAAGUGACUCAAAUUCAAUUCUGGGAAGUCAACCCACAAAUUUGACUGAAGUAAAUGAAGAAGCUGGCAUAAAAAUAUCAACUACAUCUUUAACGCCAGACAUUGAAACAUCAACUGGAUUUUCAGAUUUCCUCGAGUCGUCGCCUAGUGACAAACCAUUCAAUGUGACAAUCUCUGAAGUUAAGGAGCACUCGAAACCGGUACACGAUACUUUCUCUGAGACAAAAGAACCUUUAUUAAUUAAAGACAAGUCCCCAUCAGGGAUAACGGAACAAGCGAUCGUUUCAUACACAUCGACGACGUUAAAAUUAGACGAAACGGCUUCCGAAACCACCACUCUUUCUAGUGAUACUGCCAAAUAUCCUACGUCUGAAACGGUGACAGAUAAGGAUUAUCAAAAAUUGGGAAUUACUGGAGACAUAAAUGCAGAAUUACCUGACAGUCCUUCUACGAAUAAAACAGCUCAGGAUUCUACUAUACAUCUAAGUCCUGAAAUAGUAGACCAGUUUGUUACACAAAAGGAAACCACAUCUUCAGGAAAGGAAAUAAUUAAUACUUCUACAGAAGCUGAAACAGAAAUUAUUACAGAAAGAACAACUGAGCUACCUGAAGCACCGUCGUCUCACUCAGAUGAUGCAAUCGAUGGAACUACAGCAUUCCAUUUGAACAUAAGCACCGAAAAUAGUAUGAAAGAAGAAGGAGUAAAGCAUAUACCGGAAGACCUCAUUUUCGAAUUGGGCGCCCAAAGUGAACAAGGAAUUGCUUCAACUGCUUCAGUAGAUGAAUACCUUUCUAAAGAUAAGGAAAAUGGCACAGUUUCAUUCGAGCAACCUGUCACUUCCUAUGAUAGUUUUGACGAAAGGAAAACAGAGCCUGUAGAGACUGGAAAGAAUAUUUCUUCUGUGUUCGCUGUUAACGAAAACAUUUCACAAAUUUCUACCUUUAUCGACGAUACUACGACUGAAUAUUUACAUAAGCUAGAAACAACAACAAAACGUCCGGAAAUUCAUGAUGAAGUUCAUGAAAUAAAAUCAGAUUUGCCUCCUUUCACUGUUACAAUAGCUUCGGAACCAGAAACUCAGACUGACAGCAAGGCACUUCAAAACGUAUCAUUUACAGACAUCACCGAAUUAACUUCAGUUGAUAAAACUGUUCCCAAAGUACAAGAAAAGGAAACUGGAAGCAGAGAAAGAGCAACAACAGCUGAGUCUUUUUGGCAUGAAGGAACUUCAGAAUCAACGACCUCAUUUUUAGGUUUAACAGAAACUGUUGUUACAAAAGAGGAUUCUGAAGAAAGAGUAAAUACGAAAACAACAGAUUUUAUCGACAUCACGCUCAUAUCAACCACAAAGAAACCUACAUAUCAUUUUGAAUCUACAGAAUAUACAGUGCUACCUACAGAGCCUAAUAACAUCAACGAUACACAUUUAGUUGCGAUUUCUGAAACCUCGAAAGAUGUAAACACUGUUCAUAAUGAAACAGCUAAGAUUCCAGAACAAAUCUCAGACUCCGGAGCGGCAAAUGCUAAUGCAACAAUUACAACUCAGUUGAACACAGAUGCAAUAGGUACUGAACACGAAGAACGUUUGAAUGUUACUUCAGUUAAUUAUGACCUUUCUACUUUAGGCAGUGAAACUGAUUUCCCAGAAGAGGCUUCUGAGUAUGAUGAACAACUACACACAAAAAAAGAUCUAAAAGAUGCAUUAUCUACUCCUUCAGAUGUUGGAGAAGAAAGUGAUAUACGUUUAAUAACAUCUGUGAUUCCAGACGUCGAAGAUAUAAUUUAUAAAGAGAAUCAAACAGUUUCAGAUGAUAGGCAGUUUACCACUGUCCAUGAAAUUACAAAUGCAUUUAACGACUCCGCAGAUAAAAGCACUGACACAGAAUUCAUGACGACUAGUACAGAAAAAUUAUCCACACAAGCAUCUUCAAACGAAUCUAUGUUUCAAAUUUCAGAAAAAGAAUUUUCUACUGAAUCACCAUUCAUCAUUCAGACUUCAGAAACGGAAUCUAGCACUCAGCCGUCAAAAGAAGUAUAUUCUACUCAUGUAACAGGAGAUGAAUUUGAAAUCAAUGCAUUAAAAGACGAAAUUACCACUCAAAUUUCAAACAGAAUAAAUAUUCAGACGUCCACUGAAUCUUUAAAAGCUGAAUUCGAAACAUCAACACAAGAUUCAGUGACCCAGAAAUCAACGACUUACUUUGCAAUUGAUGAAUUACAGGACAAAUUUGAAACUCAAAGUCCAAAAGGAGAAACUGUUACUUCUGCGCCAGACGAACAACUUACUACUCAAUUCGAAGUAAAAUUCGAAACACAGACGCCAGUAGAUGGUUUGGUAACAAAAGAUGAGUUAAUAACAGACGCUACAAAGGAAGAAAUUAAAGCUCCUGUAUUAAAGGAUGAAUUCACACAUUCAUCAGAAGAAGAGUUUACCACUCAGACAGUAAAUGAACAAUUUGUUACUGAAUCAAAGAAAGAAAGCUCUGAUGCGCCAAAGGAAAAAUUUGCUACUGAAUCUUUAAAGGAAGAAAGUUCUUCUAAUGCACCACAGGAAACGUUUGUCACUGAAUCAUCAUUAGAAGAAAGUUCUGAUGCACCAAAAGAAGAAUUUUCUACUCAAGCAUCAUCACAGGAAAAAAGUUCCUCCGAAGCGCCAAAGGAAAAAUUUGCUACUGAAUCUUUAAAGGAAGAAAGUUCUUCUAAUGCACCGAAGGAAACGUUUGUCACUGAAUCAUCAUUAGAAAAAAGUUCUGAUGCACCAAAAGGCGAAUUUUCUACUGAAUCAUCAUCACAGGAAAAAAGUUCUUCCGAAGCGCCAAAGGAAAAAUUUGCUACUGAAUCUUUAAAGGAAGAAAGUUCUAAUGCACCAAAGGAAACGUUUGUCACUGAAUCAUCCUUAGAAGAAAGUUCUGAUGCACCAAAAGAAGAAUUUUCUACUCAAGCAUCAUCACAGGAAAAAAAGUUCCUCCGAAGCGCCAAAGGAAAAAUUUGCUACGAAACGUUUGUCACUGAAUCAUCAUUAGAAGAAAGUUCUGAUGCACCAAAGAAGAAUUUUUUUUCUACUCUCUCAUCAUCAUCACAGGAAAAACGUUCUUCCGAAGCGCCAAAGGAAAAAUUUGCUACUGAAUCUUUAAAGGAAGAAAGUUCUUCUAAUGCACCAAAGGAAACGUUUGUCACAGAAUCAUCAUUAGAAGAAAGUUCUGAUGCACCGAAAGAAGAAUUUUCUACUGAAUCAUCAUCACAAGAAAAAAGUUCCUCUGAUGCGCCAAAGGAAACAUUUGCUACUGAAUCUUUAAAGGAAGAAAGUUCUUCUAAUGCACCAAAGGAAACGUUUGUCACUGAAUCAUCAUUAGAAGAAAGUUCUGAUGCACCAAAAGAAGAAUUUUCUACUCAAUCAUCAUCACAUGAAAAAAGUUCCUCCGAAGCGCCAAAGGAAAAAUUUGCUACUGAAUCUUUAAAGGAAGAAAGAUCUUCUAAUGCACCACAGGAAACGUUUGUCACUGAAUCAUCAUUAGAAAAAAGUUCUGGUGCACCAAAAGGAGAAUUUUCUACUGAAUCAUCAUCACAGGAAAAAAGUUCCUCUGAUGCGCCAAAGGAAAAAUUUGCUACUGAAUCUUUCAAGGAAGAAAGUUCUUCUAAUGCACCGAAGGAAACGUUUGUCACUGAAUCAUCAUUAGAAAAAAGUUCUGAUGCACCAAAAGGAGAAUUUUCUACUGAAUCAUCAUCACAGGAAAAAAGUUCCUCUGAUGCGCCAAAGGAAAAAUUUGCUACUGAAUCUUUCAAGGAAGAAAGUUCUUCUAAUGCACCAAAGGAAACGUUUGUCACUGAAUCAUCCUUAGAAGAAAGUUCUGAUGCACCAAAAGAAGAAUUUUCUACUCAAGCAUCAUCACAGGAAAAAAGUUCCUCCGAAGCGCCAAAGGAAAAAUUUGCUACUGAAUCUUUAAAGGAAGAAAGUUCUUCUAAUGCACCGAAGGAAACGUUUGUCACUGAAUCAUCAUUAGAAAAAAGUUCUGAUGCACCAAAAGGAGAAUUUUCUACUGAAUCAUCAUCACAGGAAAAAAGUUCUUCCGAAGCGCCAAAGGAAAAAUUUGCUACUGUAUCUUUAAAGGAAGAAAGUUCUUCUAAUGCACCAAAGGAAACGUUUGUCACUGAAUCAUCCUUAGAAGAAAGUUCUGAUGCACCAAAAGAAGAAUUUUCUACUCAAGCAUCAUCACCGGAAAAAAGUUCCUCCGAAGCGCCAAAGGAAAAAUUUGCUACUGAAUCUUUAAAGGAAGAAAGUUCUUCUAAUGCACCGAAGGAAACGUUUGUCACUGAAUCAUCAUUAGAAGAAAGUUCUGAUGCACCGAAAGAAGAAUUUUCUACUGAAUCAUCAUCACAAGAAAAAAGUUCCUCUGAUGCGCCAAAGGAAACAUUUGCUACUGAAUCUUUAAAGGAAGAAAGUUCUUCUAAUGCACCAAAGGAAUCGUUUGUCACUGAAUCAUCAUUAGAAGAAAGUUCUGAUGCACCGAAAGAAGAAUUUUCUACUGAAUCAUCAUCACAUGAAAAAAGUUCCUCCGAAGCGCCAAAGGAAAAAUUUGCUACUGAAUCUUUAAAGGAAGAAAGUUCUUCUAAUGCACCAAAGGAAGCGUUUGUCACUGAAUCAUCAACAGAAAAAAGUUCUGAUUCAUCAAACGAAGAAUUUGCUACUGAAUCAUACCAAGAGAAAAGUUCUUCUUAUGCGCCAGAGGAAAACUUUGCUACUGAACAUUCAAAGGAUGAAAGUUAUUUUAAUACAUCAGAGGCAAAGUUUGUCCCUGAAUCGUCAACAGAAGAAAUUUCUGAUGUGUCUAAAGAAGAAUUUGUUACUGAAUCAUCACAAGAAAAAAGUUCCUCGGAUGCACCAAAGGAAAAAUUUGCUACCGGAUCUACAGUAGAAGAAAGUUCUUCUAAUGCGACAAAGGAAAAUUUUGUCACUGAAUCAUCAACAGAAGAAAGUUCUAAUGCACCAAAAGUAGAGUUUUCUACUGAAUCACCAGAGGAAAAAAGUUCUUCUGAUGCAUCAACUGAAGAAUUUUCUACUGAGGUAUUAAAAGAAGAAAGUCCUGAUGCAUCAAAGGAGGAAUUUUCUACUGAAGUUUUAAAAGAGGACGUUUCUGUUCAAACAACAAAAGAUGAAUUGGCUCCCCAAACAUCACAAGAUGAACCUAUUACUGAAACUUCAAAUCAGCAUUUGUUACGGAAAUAUCAAGCGAAGAGGUUACUCCACAAAGCAACAAAAGACGUUUUCUCUGUUAAAAUAUCAACUGAAGAACUUAACACUCAAGUAACGGAACUGUCUGAGACGUCGAAGACAGACGAUGAACUUAAUAGUAAAUUUACUCCUGCAUCGAGUGUGCUGCCCACGGGAUCAGAAUCAGCAGAAAAUGUUAGCACGGAGUCUAGUUUCAAAAUUCCAGAUAUUAGUCCAAGUAUACUAGAAGAAAAAUUAACAGAGUCUGACCCUGAAGUUGAAACAUCAACGGGAAUAAAAGACUAUACAAUUACUUUAGUACCAGAUAACGUAGAAAUUGAAACUACAAACAAAAUUUCUAAUCUGCCAACAGAUUUUAUUCAACCAGAAAGCGUUACCUCUAAAUCAACUGUUACAUAUCCCCCAAGAGAUUAUACAACGUUGUCGCUAGAUGAAAAUGUGAAAGUUGUCUUUGUAGAAAACACAACCGGAAAAUUUCCUGAAAUUCUCUCUGUGAUUAAAGUUUCUCAUGAAGAACCACCUCCUAAAAUCGAUGGCUCGCUGAGUAAAUUUGAUACCACAGAAGAUUCUUUAACGAGUUCUUAUAGCCCAAGUUUGGAAGAUAAAUUAGUGUACAAUGAUUUGACAAAUUCGACCUUUGACGUAACUGAAGCAAAAGUGCACAGUGAGAGUAACAAGGAUUCAUUUCAGGAAACUACACAUGUCAUCGAUGAUAAGUUGACUUCUAUUAAAACAGAUAAUGUAGACUUUCCAAUUGCCUCUUUUAAUUUAACGAAUCUAAAUGAAACUAAGUCGUCCCUGAGCGAUGAUACUUUUGUAUCCUCAAUGGAAACUACUUUCACAGUAACAGAUACACCAUCCACAACUGGCAUAACAAUAAAAGCAUCUACUGAUGCCACUGACGAAUCUCUUCAACAAGAAAUACUAAAGACCCAAACUACUGAAGAAUUUUCAGUUAUUGGAAAGAAUAUUUCCACAGAAUCAGCUAAAACUACCGAAUUUGAGGAUCAACUGUUUACUAAAUCAACAGAUUUAAAACAUGUUACACCGCAGCCUAUUUUACCUGGGCUUACUGAAGUUAUUAGCGAUGGCCUCUCAACACCUGUUUCAGUCACCAUUACUCAAGAUCAAAGCGAAGGUUCUUCAGACUCUGAGAAUUUUAAAGACAGUCAUUUUUCGGAAGAAAGUGGUAUCACCGAUCAUCCAUCAACAGACAUAUAUUUAUUGCAAAAUACCCAAACAUCAGGUGACAACGAAACGCGUACAUAUUCCACGAAAACCGAUAUUUUGGUAGACGGCGCACAUAGUUCGUCUGCAAGCGAGUCAUCUGUUUCUGGCGUAGAAGAAAAAGAUUCAUCUCAUAUAUACACUGAAGUACCUCUCGUUAUAAAAGAUCUCCAAACAGCUAAUUCAACGUUUCCACAGGAUGUAAAAUCCCAACAAACAACAGUAUCUUUUAGUUUCGAUGACGAAAUUUCUCAUGGUAGCACACAUCAAGAAAAACAUGCAGGAACUUUCAUUCCUGACGGAGAUCUAACUAGAUUACCGGAAAUCAUAACAAGUGAUUCCACGACACCUGAAAUCCCUCAUCUUGCAACGAACUUUACCCAAGCAGAUAAUGAAACGGAAGAAGUAUUGAAACACAAGGAAGCUUCACCCCAGGUUACUUAUCAAGAGUUAAUCAAUUCUUCAAGUACAGAUUUUUCAGUUUCUUCGCCUGCUUAUGAAAACGUCUCGCAAACUCAAGAAGUUCAAACUUCUACUGAAACAGAAAUUUUAACUGAACAAGCAGUGCAUUCAACAAAACUGUUUACUAUUAUUAAUGAGGCUGAUGAAGAUGUUUCUCCUAAUGCUACCCUUAGUAUUGGUUCCUCAGUAACAGAUAGUCUGUUACCAACAACGGUCUCAGUAUCUCUGAGCAACGACGUAUUUGAAAGUAUUGAUGGUGCUUCUCCAAAACCAACAAACGAUUCUCUUGAUAAUGGGAAACCAGAAACAGAAAUUAGCGUAGAAAUCUCUGAUGAAAUUCAUAACAUAGAAAUCGCUGAUGAAAAUCAAACUCAAGAUGAUUUAUUAGAAAAUACAUCAGAUGAAUUCGAUGUCUCCACAAGUUAUACUCAACAUGAUUUACCUGUGAAUGCAACUACUAUACAACCUUCUAUAGAACCAACAUUCAAAGAAAUUUUUGACGAUUUAUCUGAACAUUCUGCUGAAGCAAUAGAUACAUAUACAGGAACUCCUGGAGAUUCUACUGAAAUUAAAUCUAACAAGCCAUCUGUAGUGGAAACAACUACGAAUAUUUCUUCAACUGAUAUUAAAGAAUAUGAGUCUUCCUCUAAAUUGCCAACUGAUGUAGUUACUGAGGAAAUAAUUGAUUUACUUAAAACGACUUUGCCACAAGAGAAAGAAAGUAUUUCGUCUUUUUCUAGUACUUCUUCAGAAACUAUCACUCAAAAACCUCUGACAGAAGAAAUAUUACCUACAGUUGAAAGUCAUUCUGAAGUUUAUAUCGACGAGAAACGCACUGGUUCUACUACAGAAGAGUUUCAGGAUGAUUCUUUCUUAGGAAUUCAAACAACUACAGAAAAGGAUACAAGCAUAAAUGUUGAAGAAGUAGAAACAAAGGUUACUGAAAGAGUAUCCUCAACAUCACCAGCUGAAACUGAAGAAAAGCAUGAAUUUUCAACUUCAUCAUAUGAUAAUGAAACAAAUAUAGAUGUUACACAAUCUUCCGAAACGGGCAAUAUUACAGAACCUAAAGUAACUGAAACGGUGCAUGAAUUUUCCACAAACAGUUCAGCUUUACUCUCUGUUACUGAUACUUCUUCCACAAUUACUGAAACUUCUAGUGUUACGUCUACUACUCCUACACUUCCCGUCAGAGGCUUUGAGCCGGAAGAAAAUGAAACAUACUCUCAGACUGAUGGUACUGCAGUACAUAUUACAGCGAAACCAAUAAAAGAUUAUGUUUUACAAAAGAACUUAACUGCAAUAGCACAUACUACACCAUUCUCACAGACCACCGCUUCUGACAGUUUCAAAUCUGGUACUACUGUAAAGCCUUCAGAAUUACUUUCCACAGUAGUAUCACACUCAACUGAAUCUACAUUAACUGAUACGCAGCCAACAAGAACUGCUAACGUAUCUGAUGAAAGUUCUCUCAUAUUACAGCUUAACGAUUCCUCUUCUGAAAUUCCACAUAUAUUCGGAACAGAAGACAUCACAUCUUUUAUCAGUACGGAUUUUCCAGAAGAAGACAAGCAUAGAAGUCCAGAAGUAUCCAGUGUCACUUCUCCACAAACAGAUCAAGGAACUAAGGCUCCAUUUACUACACCUGUAUAUACAGACCUAUUAAAAACUGUCUCAGAAAUUUUUGAUAAAUAUAGUCCUGUAGCCAUGAUAUCCGCGACAAAUGGAUCCUUUGAAUCACAGUACCCAACAACGAUUUCAGGAUUUGGUCUGGAGGACUAUCAACAUCUUUUACAGGAAGAAGGAAUCUGUUUCUAUGAGGGUCGUAUCUUCCCAUCUGCAAAACAAAUACCCAGAAGGGACCCAUGCGAGUUUUGCUUCUGUUUCCGAAGUGAAAUUCUAUGUCUUCAACAAGCCUGUCCACCUCCAAUUCGUAACUGUUUUGCAACACCUAUCCCAGGAUUCUGCUGCCCAAGAUUUCACUGUCCCGUCCACGAAACGCAUUUUAAUAUUUCAACAACGACAACAACAACUGCACAACCAAGGCUAGGGCAGAUUAUUCAAAAAACUGUCGAAGCUACAGGUUGUGAAAUCAACGGUAAAGUUUAUCGAGUAAAUCAGCUUGUACGACCAGCUAGUGGCCCCUGCAUGCAGUGUCGAUGUGAAUAUGGUGGAAUAAUGAAAUGUGAUCCUAAAGAAUGUCAACCUCAAGCACCUUUACUUUUACGCUUAAAUAAGGCAUUCUUCCGUAAAUAAUACUCAUGAUAAAGUCUCAAACACUAAUUUCACAACGGCAGCUAAAAUUAAAUUAGUUUGAAAAAGAAAGGAGAUGUGUAAAAGAAAGAAAAAAUAGACUAAGUUUCUAUAAUCAGUUUUUCUGGAACUGUGACAUUCAGAGCGGAUCGGAUUUCCUAGCAUAAACCAGCGUCAUAAUUAUGCUGGCUUGCUCUUGAUCAUCUCCAGCUUCUGUCACUGUUUCAUUAGGAACAAGGACACUGAAGUUUUGAGAGAAAAUUUUAAUAAAUGCUUUCGUGCCUUUGUUGAGGACAGUCGUCAGUUUAAAAAUAGGCAUUUCAUGCGCAAAGUGCACGGCCGUCUGUUCAGUGUGUACUCACUUCAGAAGUGAAGGUGCACAUUUGAAACGUAUGGUUAAGGGAAAAGUGCAGCUGCUUUGUGCUGAUACCUCAAAAUUGCAUUAUUCGUGGUACCUUAGGUCUACAGCAAAUAAAACCUGGACUGAGGCAUUAUCUUGUCACAAAGGGAAUAAUAUAACUGUUACAAUUAAUUGACGAAAAUAAAAAUUGCCAAACUUUUAUUAUUAUUAUAUGAUGAGUUAGCUUUAGUAGAUAAAACCCCUAAGAAGGAAAAUUAUGGGACUUACGAGAAAUAACAUCUUUAUUUUUGAUUACCUUUUACAUUAGGAAAUACAUCAUGGAGAAUAAAGAUUAGUAUUUUCUCAGAAAUAAUAGCUUUUAAGAAUUCUUUCUAAACUUAUUGAUUCAAUUCUCGGUUCUAAAUGAAAAGGCCUAAGGUACCUGUAUUUAUUUCAUUCCAUUUUUAAUGUUUUCAUUUUUUCAUGUUUAUAUGUUUUUACGUGUUUUAUUUGCUUGUCGUCUUUGUUUGAAAAAUGUCUGUCUGUGUUUAGGGUUUCAAACUUGCCAAUCGCUUCCAGUGUUUGAAUGCAAAAUCAGUAUUUCCUUUCUUUUUUUUUCGACGUUGUGCCAAAUCCAACAUGCCCGGUGUUUCCAGAAGCCUCAAUACACAAUGUCUGACGGGUUCUCAAACCUGUGGCCAGUGCCUUCAGGAAUAAUUUUCUUACGCUUUACAAAGACCCCGAUUUUAAAACUGGCCUCUAACUAUGUCCAUAGACUUGAUCACCUUUCUUGAGACUUAUGUGUAAUCAAAACAUAUUAAAUGCAAAAUACUGAAGAAAGUAACCAUGCUUUUUUCUUUAGAAGCAACAGACUCAUGAAUAUAUAUAUAAGUUCGGUAUUUUUUAAUUAUAAUCAGUUAAUUAAUAAAUGCAAGAAGCCUGGCUUCCUUCUAGAAGCACUUUAUGUCUCGGGAAGACGCAGGCUACAGAGCUCAAAUAUGUAGCAUUAAAAGCAUAAAACCCACGGUAAGUCUUGUCUUAAAGCAUAAAUACUGAGGUAUGCUCAUUUAAAAUCGGGCAUUCAGCGUUACGGAAAUUUUGGCUCUCGUCCUCCAUGUGAAGUAGAACUAAUUUAAGUAAAUAUUUAUUUAUCUAUUAUUAGAUGUUGAUCUGUAUUUUAUGUAUUAUUUGUACCAUUCUUUAGUUCUUGUAUAAAACAGCUUUAUUUUUAAAUAAACUUUCAAUGAAAAUUU